GCCCUUGAACCCAUACGCGCCCACCACACGCAUCACUUCAGGCAACGAAGCCACCGGAAAGCUGCGAAGAACUUCUUCCCUCCGCCCUGCCCACCAUGGCAGCCAUGUUCGAACAGUCCCGCAGUGGUACUCUCUUCCUGGGGGGCACCAAGAUCUCCGGCAGUGAUAUUCGCGACCAAAAUGUUCUCGCCACGCAAGCAAUCGCCAACAUUGUCAAGUCCAGCUUCGGGCCUUCCGGUCUGGACAAGAUGAUGGUCGACGACAUUGGAGAUGUAACGGUGACCAACGAUGGAGCCACUAUUCUCGCGCUCCUGAACGUCGAGCAUCCAGCAGGAAAGAUUCUGGUCGAUCUCGCACAGCAGCAGGACAAGGAAGUGGGCGAUGGCACAACUUCAGUCGUCCUCAUUGCAGCAGAGCUCCUACGACGAGCAAACGAGCUGAUGAAGAUGCGGAUACACCCAACCACCAUCAUCACCGGCUACAGACUUGCGCUGCGAGAGGCGGUCAGGUAUAUGAACGAGAAUAUUGCCACGAAGGUCGAGACAUUAGGACGGGACAGCUUGGUGAACAUUGCGAAGACUUCCAUGAGCAGCAAGAUUAUCGGCGCAGACGAUGACUUCUUCGCGAACAUGGUUGUGGAUGCCAUCACGAGUGUCAAGACGACGAACGCAAGAGGAGAAGUCAAGUAUCCUGUCAAGGCAGUCAAUGUGCUCAAGGCACAUGGAAAGAGCGCGCUGGAAUCGCAGCUGGUGAAAGGUUAUGCUCUCAACUGCACGGUGGCCUCGCAAGCGAUGAAGACGAGAAUUACGGACGCAAAGAUUGCGGUGCUGGACAUGAACUUACAGAAGGAGAGAAUGAAGAUGGGGGUGAAUGUUGUGAUUGACGACCCGGCACAGCUCGAGAAGAUUCGGGAGAGGGAGAGCAGCAUGGUUGUGGAGAGGGUAGAGAUGAUCCUCAAGGCUGGCGCGAACGUGAUUUUCACAACAAAGGGCAUUGAUGAUCUGUGCCUGAAGCAUUUCAUCGAGAAGGGAGCCAUGGCCGUAAGACGGUGCAAGAAGGAGGAUCUGCGGAGAAUAGAGAAGGCAACCGGGGCGACAAUGAUUAGCACACUUGCGGACAUCAACACUGGAGACGAUUUCUUCGACCCCAAGAGUCUGGGAGAGGCCAAGGAGGUUGUGCAAGAGCGGAUAUCAGAUGAUGAAUGCAUUCUCGUCAAGGGGCCCAAGGUGCACACUGCUGCGUCUGUCAUUCUUCGUGGAGCCAACGAGUACUCGCUGGACGAGAUGGAGCGCUCUGUUCACGAUUCCCUGUCGGCUGUCAAGCGCACACUGGAGUCUGGCCGUAUCGUGCCAGGAGGUGGUGCUGUCGAGACUGCUCUGCACAUCUACCUCGAGGAGUGGGCCACAUCUGUCGGCUCAAGAGAACAGCUCGCGAUUGGUGCUUUCGCUGCUUCUCUCUUGGUCAUACCUACCACACUCGCAGUCAACGCUGCCAAGGACUCUUCGGAGCUCGUUGCACAAUUGCGAUCGCGACACGCACUCUCACAACGUACCUCAGAGCCUGCCUCAGCACACGCGCCUGCACCAGCGAAUGGGGCUCCCCCUGCGCCUGCUGCCCGUAACGCGACCCAGCAAGCUCUUGAUGCUGACGCGAAGGCUCUGGCCAAAGCGAAGGGAUACAAGAACUACGGUCUGGAUCUGUCCAAGGGCAAGGUACACGAUUGUGUGAAGGCUGGUGUGCUGGAGCCAAGCAUGAGCAAAGUGAAGCAGCUCAAGUCGGCCGUGGAAGCGUGUGUGGCUAUCAUGCGCAUCGACACGCUCAUCAAGCUGGAUCCGGAGCAGAGAGGCGGAGAAGACGAUGGUCAUGGUCACUGAGGAACGAGUGCCAUGGUUGGGAUUCGCGCACAGCUGUACGUGUGUGCUUGCGUGUAUGUCUACGGGUAAUACUUGUCACGCUCUCAUGAAAAGAGCUAUGUAGAGCAAAACAUGAAAGCAGUGUGCUGGCGACCAGCGCUCCCCAAGACUUGAAGUCUAAUCCUGCCGCUUUAGGGAAUUCGAGCUGUUCCUUCACGCAGCGGGGUAAUGGUAAGCGGGACACAGCACUGAAUCUGAAUCCGAUGCAUCGGCGGUCUAAUUAAGUAGGAGAUCGUUGUUAGUUCUACACCAAGCGAUCCCGGUGAUUCUGGCUUCUGUCAGCCGUGCACCGCAAGCUCCAGCUCCGCAGAAUAAUAAAUACCUUGGGAAGC